AUGUCAAGGGACUCGAAGAAACCCUCAGCACCCAGCAAGGAGCCGAAGACACUGUCGGGCAAAAAGCUGAAGUUUCCACGCCCUCCCCUGUCCCAGUCGUGGAAGCGGGACCGCGAGCAGACCCUGGUGGCGGCCUACGUGCCGGUGGUGGUAGACCCGAAGGGGCAGAGCCUGGACAAGCUUAGGUUCAAGUUCUACACCUCCCAGUACUCCAACUCCCUGAACCCCUUCUACACCCGGCAGAAGCCUACCUGUGGCUACCUGUAUCAGAGGGACAUGGACCACACCCGCAAACGCUUUGACGUGCCUCCUGCCAACCUGGUCUUGUGGCGCUCCUAGGCCCCUCCCAGUCGGGAGACGCCACCUGCACCCUCCCCCGCCACAAUCCUGGGUCCAGGAGGGGAGGGGCACUUGCUCCAGGAGGAGCAGACCAUGCCCGGCCUGAGACAGCUGUGCUGCAGCCGGUGGCAAAGGGAGGUCUCUG